GUCUCGUGUCUUGUUCUGCCUGCUUAUUCAUCAAGUCUAGCAUACCAAGCCAUUGCGGAUCGACCCAACUCUGUCUCUACAUGGAUUUCAAAUAAUUUGUCGCUCGGUAUCAACUGUAGUCAAUAGUUCUUGUGUCAACGAUUAGCUCAUGUGAAGUGUCAUUUCUUAAAAAGGCAAAUGCUAUUCGUUUAGUCAUUCGCGUUGGUUUCAAAGUAGGCACAGACUGUAUUUCCGGGAUCACUAUUCCAGCAACCUUUAUCUCGCAGCCUCUGUGCAAAAGCAUGGAAUCAUCAGACGCCCAACGUAGCCGGGAUGGUUCUCAGAAAAGGUCUGCUAUAGACCUGAUCAUGAACCAGAUCCGAAGGAAGACCUCCUUCACAGAGCGGCGACAGAAACCUGUUGGCUUCCUCUUCAGGCCCGGGGAGAACAAUGACAGGAAAAAUGGAGGCAUCCCAGAGAUGAAGGAAUCAGAUAACUCUGAGGGGAAGAACACAGAGUCAGGAGCAGAAAACACGGACUCUGUGGAUACGGAGGUUGGGUCUGUGGUGGGCUGGGGUCGUGUGAAGCAGUUUGUGGAGAAGUUGGGGAAGAAACCAGAUAGCCAGACCCUCAGCCUCAGCCACUGUGACCUCACAGCCACGGAUGUGCUAGAGCUGGCCACUUUGUUGACCUUCCUGACCCAGUUAGAGGAGUUAGACCUCUCUUGGAAUGACCUCGUAGGAGGAUCACUGAAGGCGUUGACCUUUCACCUGCAGCACGUUGGAAAGCUGAGAGGUCUGAGACUGUGUGGCUGCAGGUUAACGGCCCAGGACCUAACAGCACUCGGGGAAAGCCUGGACUCUGUCCCUCUGCUGGAGAUUGUCGACCUGUCCUGGAACGCAGGGGUGGGGGGGGCCGGCCUGCGGAGCCUCACCAGCCAGCUCCGUUACGGCUGCAUGAUCAGGGAGCUUCGCCUGGUAGACUGCCAGCUCACUGAUGCUGAUAUUAAGGCACUGGGCCAGGCCCUUCCUUUGAUGACAAAUCUAGAGGAUCUCGAUCUUUCAUGCAAUAGGAUUGCAACCGGCGGGGUGAGGGAACUGUUCUCCUCAUUGAAUGCUGCUCAUGGACUGAGGUCACUAACACUACACAUGUGUGGCCUUGAACAGGAUGAUCUAUGCAUCCUCGGGGAAGCACUCCAGUUCUUUCCGACCCUGCAGCGCCUUGACCUGUCUGCCAACAAAGGAGCCAGCGGAGGACUGGCCAAGAUGACCAAGAGCCUGGCACAGAUGACUCACCUGUCUGGCCUGGAUAUCCAUUUGUGUUGCUUAACAGAAGAAGAUGCAAUAGCCUUGGUCCAGGUAAUACCAUCCCUUAGUGCUCUCAAGGAGCUGGAUGUGUCAUCAAACAAAAAGAUUGGAGAUUGCCUCCAGUCUCUCCUCUCUGUUCUACCACUUCCCGUUACACGGAGACUUCUUCUGAACAACUGUGGCCUGAGCGCGGACUCAUACCAAGCACUGGGCUCGGCCGUGCCGUCGCUCUCACAGCUGGAGAGGCUGAACGUGUCGUGGAGUAAGAGUGUGGGAGGCAAUCUGAAGCUGCUCCUGGGAGGCCUGCCGUGCACAUCAUGCAAGCUGCAGGACCUGAGACUGAGCAGCUGCGAUCUAACCACAGAGGACGUGCUUCAUUUAGCAUCGGCCUCCAAGCGGGGAGUGCUCUCCCAGGUGAAGCGACUGGACCUGUCGUACAACGGCGGCGUGGGCGACUCGGGCUGGGUGGCUUUGUUUGGUGAGGGGGCCGGGGGCCUGAGGGCUCUGGAGGAGCUGGACGUCAGCCUGAGGCCGUCCUCUUCUCCGCCCCCCGCUUCCCCGUGGCUGCCUGCCCUGCUGGAGGCGGUGGCUACACUCCCCUCCCUCGCUCACGUGGCCCUGCAGCACUGGGUCCUACGGCAAGACGAGAGGGACAAGCUGGAGAACAUCAUGAGCAAGAAGCGACACGCUGGGAUGUGACGAACUGAGCUCACCUAUGUCCCAUAGUCAGAUCGAUUCAGCACUUCACUUCAAUUGUAGACGGAGAGAAACAUGUGAUUCUGUUAAGUACCAUUACAAAACAAAUCGAGAAUUCAAAUUCAGGAAUUGCUCUAGAAUUGAAUGCCUCAACACUGAAUGGUACGCUUAAUUGUAAUUCAAAAUAGCAAGCGGAAAAUGCUUUCAGAGUCUCUACUGUGAAACAAGAGGAUCAAUUCAUAUUUUAACAUUAUGGUAUUCCAGGCAUGAUUCCUACCAAGACAAUGAUGUUCAAAUCAAAAGUGAAUGGAUAUACAUGAAGGCAUUUAUUUGGUGAAAAUGUGUUUAUGCCUUUUUCUUCUUUGGUGCCGUCUUAUCCUUUCCUUUGGGCGCCUUGUCUUUGUCCUUUGAGUGUUUACCACCUUUUGUCACUUCUGGUUCCUUAAAAGGCCCUAACUUCUUACUUACCAUUGUCCCCCUCCACCAAGCCUGAAUCUGAUGUAAGGUGAAGAACACACAGUUAGGAACAGUGUUUUAACAUUACAGGGAUGCUUUCACACUAAUAGACAGAUAUCUAUUUUUAGCCAUAGGUGUCUCACAUAAGCAGACAUAAUGAGGAUAUGUUGUUGAUUCCCAUGGCAACACCAGAGAACAACGUGUUGCAGAAUGUUGGGCGUAUGGUAGAUGUCAUACCUUUAAACAGCUAGCUUCUCUCCAGACUUUCUCUUUGAGAUAGGAAACUACUGCUGCAGCGCCCUGUUCACAGACUUCCAAUGGUGGGUCAGUCAUGGGGUUUUCAGCUAGCAUGAGAAUGCAGAGGUUCAGAUAUUUUGACAUAUCUACUGGGAGGCAGCUCAGGUUAUUAGUCUGAAGGUAAAGCUUCUUCAAUCCUGAAAGGGAAAUACAUUCACUAUUGAAAGAGAAUUGUAUCAGAAAUGUUUAAAUAGAUGACAUACUACUACUACUACUUCAAUUACAGUUAAUAAACAUACCAAAUAUCACUAUAA